GCGGGAACGGGCCGGGGCGUUAUAGGGCGGGCGGCCGCGGCGGGGGGGCGCGGCGACAUGAAGCGGCUUGGGCUGUUGGGACUCCUCGGCGCGGUGCUGCUGGGCUGCUGGGAGCCUGGUGAUGCCAUAAGAUGCUUUGAUAAACAGUACGAACACAAGGGCAGGUGCUGCAACCGGUGUCAGCCAGGGGAAAAGCUGGUCUCCGAAUGCAAUGGCACAGAAGACUCUGUCUGUGCCCGCUGUGAGAGUGGACACUAUCAGCAGAGCUGGACCAGGGAGAGGCACUGUACCCCGCACGAUAUCUGUGAAGACAAUGCUGGCCUUGUUGUGAAGACGCAAGGGAACGCAACGCACAACACCGUGUGCCAGUGCCAGGCUGGCAUGCACUGCUCUGACGCCAGCUGCCAGACCUGCGUGGAGAACCAGCCCUGCCAGCGCGGCUUCGGCUUCGUGGCAGACAAGGCCGUGGCCCGGAUGUCCUCCCCCUGCGAGCCCUGUGCAGAAGGCACCUUCUCCAACGUCUCUUCUAAAACUGAGCCGUGCUAUCCCUGGACAAGCUGUGAGGAAAAGGGGCUCGUGGUGAAGGUGAAAGGGACGAACACCUCGGAUGCAAUCUGCGAGUCGGGCAGGCGCUCCUCGCUGUCGGUGCUGAUCCCCAUCACGGCCGCGGUCGUCACGUGCCUCGUGGGCAUCUGCAUCUACUGCCUGGUCCACGCAGAUCCCAGGCGACCGGUGCAGAAGCAGAUGGAGGCCAGGAAGCCUCAAGAGACCCCGGAGGCCCAGCAGCCCACGGAGACGGAGGAUGGGUUCUUCCCUGUGCAGGAGACCCUGCUCGGGGGCCAGCCCGUGGCCCAGGAGUACGGCAAAGAGAGCCGGAUCUCGGAGCAGGAGCGGCUGUGAGGGCAGCGGGCCCUGCCUCCCGCAGCACGGAGCACGGCCAGCGCCGUCCUGAGCCCUCGCCGGCCCAGGAGGAAACCCCGCGGCACGGUCUGGCUGCCACGGACGAGCGGCGGCAGCCGUGGGCCGCGGCACGGCCCCCUCCGCGGGGCUCCCGGCGCGGCCGCGGUGCAGCGAGGCUCGCCCGCCUGCGCGGGGCCGCGGAGCCGAGCCCGGGCCCACGGCGGAGCGCGGCGCGGCUGCCGGCGCGGGGCACGGCCGGGCCCCCC